UCCCCCCGCCGCCGCCGGCUCCGCCCCAUCGGUUGGUCACCGCGUCGGGCGGUCAGUGCGUGCGGGCCGCGGCUUCGCCCUCGCCAUGGCGCCCUGGCUGCAGCUGCUGUGGCUGCUGGGGCUGCUCCCGGGCGCUGCCCCCGCCCCGCCCCGCCGAGUGGCCGGCGCUCAGGCCUGGGAACCGGCGCCCCCGGAGCUGCUGGGGCCCGCCCGCUUCGCGCUGGAGAUGUACAACCGCGGCCGGGCUGCCGGCAUGCGGGCGGCGCUGGGGGCCGUGCGCGGUCGCGUCCGCCGGGCGGGCCGGGGGUCGCUGUACUCCCUGAAGGUGACGCUAGAGGAGCCGCCCUGCAACGACCCCACGGUGUGCCAACUCCCUGUGUCCAAGAAAACCCUGCUCUGCAGCUUCGAAGUCCUUGAUGAGCUAGGAAAACAUAUGCUUCUGAGGCGGGACUGUGGCCCAGUGGAUACCAAGAUUACAGAUGACAAAAGCGAGUCUUUCAGUUCAGUCUUUCCGCUGUUGAACAAGUCCCAGACCCAGGACUUUUCUGUGAAGAUGGCUUCAAUCUUCAAGCACUUUGUCACCACCUAUAACCGGACCUAUGAGACGAAGGAGGAAGCCCAGUGGCGCAUGUCCAUCUUUGCCAGUAACAUGGUACGAGCGCAGAAGAUCCAGGCCUUGGACCGUGGCACAGCUCAGUACGGCGUCACCAAGUUCAGUGACCUCACAGAGGAGGAGUUCCGCACCAUCUACCUGAAUCCCCUCCUGAAAGAAGAACCAGGUGUGAAGAUGCGCCGAGCCAAGUCUGUCGGCGACUCCGCCCCACCUGAGUGGGACUGGAGGAGUAAGGGGGCUGUCACCGAAGUCAAGGACCAGGGCAUGUGCGGCUCCUGCUGGGCCUUCUCAGUCACAGGCAAUGUGGAAGGCCAGUGGUUCCUGAAUCGGGGUGCCCUGCUCUCCCUCUCUGAGCAGGAGCUCUUGGACUGUGACAAGGUGGACAAGGCCUGCAUGGGCGGCUUGCCCUCCAACGCCUACUCAGCCAUAAAGACUCUGGGAGGGCUGGAGACAGAGGACGACUACAGCUACCAUGGCCACUUGCAGGCUUGCAGCUUCUCUGCAGAGAAGGCCAAGGUCUACAUCAACGAUUCAGUGGAGCUCACCAAAAAUGAGCAAAAGCUGGCGGCCUGGCUGGCCAAGAAGGGCCCCAUCUCCGUCGCCAUCAAUGCCUUUGGCAUGCAGUUCUACCGCCACGGGAUCUCUCACCCCUUGCGGCCCCUCUGCAGCCCUUGGCUCAUUGAUCAUGCUGUGCUGCUCGUGGGCUAUGGCAACCGCUCUGCAGUCCCCUUCUGGGCCAUCAAGAACAGCUGGGGCACUGACUGGGGUGAGGAGGGUUACUACUACUUGUAUCGUGGGUCCGGGGCCUGUGGGGUGAACACUAUGGCCAGCUCGGCGGUGGUGAACUGAGGAGCGCCAGCUCAGGACGUGGUGCUGACCAGAGCGGCCCCUUCCCCAGCCUACCCUGCAUGUCCAGGCCCCUCCCCAGGAGGCACAGCUGGCUGGGGGACAGGGUACCUCAGGGUGAGCAAAGGGCACUGGGCUAGGGGCACGGCCCCUAUGCCCUCCACCCAGCUCCUACCCUGAAGUUCCCCAGCUGCACCUUGGCUGAAUUGUGGUAGCUAGGAGGAUCCUGGGAGAAGGAUGAUGUCUUGGCAGCCGAAGCUGGGCAAGGACGCUGCGCUCCAGUAAGGAGCAGGUGGGAAGAAAUCAUUCUGGUCUUAAACCCAGCUCUGUCCUUAGCAGGGUCUGGCUUCCCGCCCCGGCUUCCCUCUGUGUGAUGCUCUAAAUUUUCUGGUCCCCCUGGAUCUGGGGACAGUGUUCCCUUCCACGGUGUAAGCACCCUUUUCUAACAGCAAUAAAGUGGUGUCCUGGGA